UCGGUCUCAUGCCUGCCCCCUUUUCUUGCAGAGACAAUCCAACAUGGAGAACUGCACCGAAGACGGCAGCACACAGAAUGGCAUCAUGCUGUUUCAGCUUGUAGUCUACAUCCCAGUGUUCUCUUUGGGGAUCCCACUGAACGUGAUUGCCUUCUGGGUUUUCUGCUGCAAACUCAAGAGGUGGACUGAGACCAGGGUGUAUAUGAUCAACCUCAUAGUUGCAGACAGUUUCCUGCUCUUUGCCCUGCCUUUUUUGAUGUAUUUUACCAAGUACAAGCAUCCCAUCGACAACCUGCGUUUCAUCAUAGAGAAGAUCUACUUUACAAACAUGCCUAUGAGCAUCCUGAUCAUCACCCUGAUUGCAAUUGAUCGAUACAUUGCAAUCAAGUUCCCUCUAAAAGCAAAGAUUCUUCGAUCCCCACUGAAAUCAGCUUCUAUCUGUGGGGUUCUUUGGAUGAUGCUAAUGAUUUAUUCCUACUUUCAUCCACUAUUUAAUGACAAAAAGGAAAAAUUCUGCCUUCGGAAACAAUCUAUUCAACCUAGUUAUGCAUUGUUAGUGUCCACUAUCUUUGGCUAUUUUAUUCCCUUAGUGAUUGUGAUUUUUUGCUCAGUACAAGUUAUCAAAUGUCUCAAAAAGAAGAUGGUCACAAGCCUUCAUGAGACAAAACUAAUCCAGAAAGCAAUCCGCAUUAUUUCUGUGAAUCUGUGCGUGUUCACUGUAUGUUUUUCACCCUUCUACAUCGCCCUGCUCUCACGGUUUGCAGUAGAUGUUGCUGGAGCUUGUUCUCUGCUCUCGGAAGCUACAGCCUGUAUUCAGAUCUGUGCAUGCUUAGCAAGUUCUAACUGCUGUUUGGAUGCAUUUUGCUAUUACUUUGCAGCUAAGGAAUUUCAAGAAUUUCCAUCUCUGUUCCCCACUUGUAUAUCGAGGAGGUCCAAGAUGAACAAAAGCCAAGAAUCUCAGCCACCCACAGAUCAAGUCAUGACAUAA